CAUGAAAACAUUUAUACACUUUACUUGCUAGUUAUAUAUUAUAAUAUACGUUGCAUAUACAAUAACUUAGUGAUAUUUGUGAUAUAAUUUAAAGCCCUUUGUUUGCAUUAGUUUUUAUCCUAUUGUACAAUUUAUCAAUUGACGACGAAUAUUUAUUUGAAAGUCAAGGGACAUUAUUUAAGUUGCAAGAGAAAAUUCGACGAACGAAAUAAUUGCAUAAAAAUAUAAAUAAAGCUUUUUUACACACAUACAAGUACAAAUGUUAAAUAAAUAUAAUACUUGACUGUUAUAGUACUUAUUAUAUAUAUAAAAUAUAUCUACAAAACUACAUUAUAUAUAUGUGAAAUUUAUUCUCGAACUUCUGCUGUGUUGUUAACACCUUAAAAAUAUUAAUCAAUUUAUAUCUUUUAGUUAAACAGGAUAGAAUUUAUUCGCGAAAUUAUAGUUUUAAUCGACAGUUAUACAAUUUUGUAGAUAAUUGUAAUGUGGUAUACAUAAAAUUUUUUGUAAUAUUAUUUUUUUUAUGUUUUUUUUUUUAAGAAAAAAAUGUUAUUGAAAAGUGCUUUUAAGAUUAAUUGAAAAAAUUUUCUCACAAAUCACGUACAUAUAAAUGAAUACAUAGAUACAUAUAUGAAAUUUUAAUAAAAAUGAAAUAAAAAAAAUAUAUAUAUUAUGUAAAUUUUUUGAAGAUUAUUGUGUGAAAAAAUGUAUACCAAUUUAAAAUAAUCAGUGCAUUAAAGCAUUAAUAUAUACAUAUAUAACAAAAAAAAAAUCAAAAAUUGUGAUGUUAAAACAUUGAUUUGUUAAAAUCAAAAUAAAGGACAUAAAACUUAUAUCUAAAAAUUAAUUAAUCACUACCAAAAAAUUCAAAUCAAGCAUUUAAAAAAAACCAAAGAAAAAAAUUCAAGAAAAAAUUUAAAUAUAUACACGUCAAAAAAAAAAUGGAAGAUCCACAUCUUGCUGAGGAGUACGUGCAAGAUUUCGUUCUUGACCAUUUAGAUGAACCACCAACUUCGGUAAAGCGGGAAGACCAAAGCCCGCCAUCGAAACUUGCAUGGACUGCGCUUAAUGAAGAAGAAGAAAUUCCUAUAGCUAAAAUGAAGCAAUUUCAAACGCAUAAUUUUUCAACUGUUGGCACUGCAAUUACUGUUACAACGCCAGUUUCUACAACAUCGUUGCCUCCUCCGUCAUGGCAUCAUGAGGAAAGACGUUUUCAAACAUUAUCUCCUGUGAACUUAUACCCUCAUGGUCCAAUGGCUGGACAGGCAGUUUUAGUUGACAAUGCUAUAACCGGAGUACCAUCCACCCCGCCAGAAACACCACCCAUUGUCGGUUCUCCCAAUGGUUAUUGUAAUUCACAAAGUUUUUCUACUGCGGGAAGUACAUCCUAUAUUCACAUGAAUCGAAAUAAUUUAACAACUCCACUUUCACAAGAGAUGAUGUUAGUACAAUCACAAACUAUGCGACCAGAACAUCAACCUCAACCUUUAGAUUUACGUCCACCUUUAGAUCUCAGACCUAUAAACUGUGCCACUGCAGCUGUAACACUGCUCCAAGAAGAAGAUUGGGAACGACAUCGCGAAUAUGUAAACAGUACAGGAAUGUCAAACGGACAUCAUUUGAAUAAUUUACAACCGCAUCAUUUUCAGCAGCUGGAACAUUUAACGCCAAUUAACAUGCAUUCUUAUCAUCAUACUACACACACUAGUUCACAUAGUCACCAUCAUCAUCAUCAUCAUAGCACCUUACCCAGUAAUACUAAUGGGAAUAAUAACCAGCCUAUUCACAACGGUCGCCCAAUGUCAGUUUGUUCGACACGUUCAUCAACUAAUUCGCCAAGAACGUCAUCUGGACAAUAUAGUAAUUCAAGUUAUACAAAUGCUGAUGACAUUAUCAAUGAUGAGCUUCUAACAUCUUUAACAGUGCGAGAACUCAAUAAGAGAUUGCAUGGUUGUCCUCGAGAACAAGUAGUUCGACUCAAACAAAAGCGUCGAACGCUAAAAAAUCGAGGCUACGCACAAAACUGUCGCUCUAAACGUUUACAACAGCGGCAUGAAUUGGAAAAGCAAAAUAGAAUUUUAAAUAGCGAUCUUCAAAAAAUGAAAAUCGAACUAAGUAGAGUUAUGCAUGAAAGAGAUUUACUUAAACAAAGACUGCAAUUGAAAAUAGCAGCUCAACAAGUAGGUCAAACUCAAGAUUUACAUUCAGAUGGACAAAGUUCGCCUGAAUUUUAUGUAUGACGACAAUAUGGCAAUCAGCAACAAAAUCAAUGGAAUCGAUAUUAAAAUAUCUUAAAUUUAUUUAAAAAAUCCUUUGCUGUGGGGGAAAUAUUAAUAUAUCUUUUUCAUUUGCGAAAUUUUCUCAAAUAUUGUAAGAUAAUUUUUAUUUAUUUUAUGUUUUACAUAAAUAUUUCCAUAAAAUUAAAUUUUAAAAAUUUUCGUUUCACUGUAAGCCCGCUGUUGCGUUAUAUAGUUGCUUAUUUAUAUUGAACUUUUCUAUUUUAAUUUUUCUAAGCAGAGGAAACUAAAGUAACAUUUUGCACUUGGACAGCUCGUUAAUUAAAUAGGUAUAUCUUUGCAACUUAUCAAAUUUUACUUUAUAAUUUUCGGUGUAACACAAUAAAUAUUAAUACAAAUAAAAAAUAUUAUCUCUAAAACAUUUUGAACUAUCUGAAGCUUAAUAGAUUCGCAAUAGGUAUUAUAAUGUCAUUUACUUUUGACCUUAACACAUACCUAAUAAAUCUCAUUAAAAUCUGAGCUGUAUAUUAUUUUUAUUGGAAUUGUUUGUUACUGUAGAAUUUUUCUUAACUUCAACAAAGUUGCAAUUAAAUAUACUUGUAUGGUGAUUACUUUAUUUCAAAAUUUAAGUACAUGCAUAUAUUGAUGUGUUGUUUAGAGAUUAUGAUAAUCACUUACACGUUAUCAGAGACAAAAGAAAAUGCAACAUUGAGUAAAGAAUUAAAUUAAAAAAAAAACAUACUAAAAUUAAAAUUUGAAGCACGUCAUAUAUUUGUUCUUUUUUUGCUUGUAUUACAUUAAAGUUGAAUAUGUGAACUCAUAUACACAAAUAUAUACAUAUAUCUUCAAAUAAGGAAAAUAUAAUAAAAGUCUAAUUAUUUUACGAAAACUGUAAAAUUUC